GGACACCUUGGAGGGAAGGUUGCCUGAUGGCACAAAGAUACCUCAGGUUAAAAUCCACUCAAAUUGAUAACUUUAAUUCUGCUCAGUUUAUAGUCUUCAGAGGCCUGAGUGGGACCUUGCAACAAUUAAUGAGCUAAAACAUAAUGUUGCCACGUAGACAUGUUGCCACAUAGACCCGUGGAAUUCCUUCCUCCAUGAUCUUGUGAUCCCAAAGCUGGGGAAGAUUCUGGCAGGAAAGAUGCUGGCCUCCUAGGGUCCUACAUGGACAUGGGUCAUCUUGGCUCUAGCCCUUUCUUGCAGUUUUGUGGGCUAUCGAGCACAUGCCCGUUUCCUUGCUUCCAGAGUUCCCAUAGAUAUCUGUAGAGGAACUGUUAGCGUCCUUGUGCUCUGCCAAAACCUCUGGAGUUGGUUCUUGGUUGGGGAGCACCCUUGGAACCCCUUAGCACGUACAGGGUGGGGAACGCACACAGAUUUCCUGGUGGACCUCAUCUUAAGGGCAGAGCACCCAAGCAUUUGCUCCUGCAUGGGCAGCUGGUGGUAGGACCUGUGGUUGCUUCCUGGGGUCGGAAUGGCCCCAUUUGGGAGGCUGGAAACUCUCUGCCCAGAGCUGUAUGAGCAUCAUCUGCCUUUGCAGACCUGGCCUGAGAGCAUCAACCAAGUCAAUAAGACAGCCCUGCUCACAUGGAUGAAAGAAACUGGCAUUGACCUGGUGCAGAUCAAUGGGCAGAGGCGAUAUGGAGGCCCACCGCCAGGCUGGGUGGGUGACGCCCCGCCGACGGGCUCCGAGGUGUUCAUCGGGAAGCUGCCGCAGGACGUGUACGAGGACACGCUGAUCCCCCUCUUCCAGAGCGUGGGGAAGCUCUAUGAGUUCCGGCUCAUGAUGACGUUCAGCGGGCUGAACCGGGGCUUUGCCUACGCCAAGUAUGGCAGCCGGCACAGUGCCAAGGUGGCCGUCAGCGCCCUCAACAACUUUGAGGUGCGGAAAGGCUGUUCCAUCCUGGUGUGCAAGAGCACAGAGAAGUGUGAGCUGAGCAUGGACGGCCUGGCCGCCUCGCUGAGCCGGAAGCACCUGGAAGUCCUGCUGCAGGAGGCUGCUGAGGGCAUCCUCAGCGUCACCCUGUACCCCAGCCCCUUCCAGAAACGCGCCCAGCUCGCCGUGCUGAAGUACAGCUCGCACCGCGCUGCUGCCAUGGCCAAGAAAAGUCUCAUGGAAGGGAACAAGAGGAUCUCUGAGGAGGACCUGAGGGUGGAGUGGCUGAAACCUGACCUGAAGCAGAAACUGCGAUGCAGUGAGGGGAAGUCGUCGGCCACGUGGGUGCCCCGUGUCAAGUGUCCAGGGAGCCCCAAGGAGGUGCACGCGCCCCUGUCUCCCGUGCUGGGAAAAGCGCUGGAGCUCCUGGAUGCCCUGUGCCGACGGCGGCGCCUGGGAACCCCCUUGUUCUUCACAAAGUGUGUCCAGGUGAACCGCAACGGAUGGCUGCGCUUCUGGUGCCAAGUAGUGAUCCCGGGGCACCCGGUGCCGCUCAGUGGGUUCACAUGGGUCCAGCAGGACAUGGCGGGUGCCAGCGGGCACGACAAGGCAAAGGACAUGCUGGCAAUGCAGGUGCUCAGCGUACUAGGGCGUGAGGUGGCCUAGGCUGGCGUCACACCGAGCCCUGGGCUGAACCUGAACCGCCGGCCUGCACAUCGCCCAUCCACGGGAGCAGGAUGGAGGCCCGCUGUGGAUGUGGCCCUGUUCGAAUUUGUUUGAGUUUGAGAGCUGGUUCUGGAGGACGGAGGUGCUGUCACGGUCCGCGAUGGCUGCCCCGUCCCCAGCCAGCACUUGGUUCUGUUCUGUUGUUGCAGGGAUUUUGUUCCGACCUGGUUUUGCUUUUCUUUAACUGAUUUGUGUUGCUCUGC